GCAACAAAUACAAAACCAGAAGAUUUCAACUUAUAAAUGAGAUAAACUAUUUCUUGAUUUGAAUGAUACGUGAUUGUGAAAUUAUUUUUCUCUAGUUCAACGGAUCUGGAGAUUAUACGAAAAGCACAAACACAACAAGAACAAUGGAAACCGAAGGAGUACUAAUCCAAUAUGAAACAAAAACUCAACAUGAAACGUAUUUUUCUUCAGGACUAAUGUUAAAUAAAUCUGUGAUAUUAACAACAGGUGCAUGUUUAGCACCAUUUAUACAAAAAUGUACAAACAACGGCGAAAAAGUCAACGUAAAUACAUUAAAUGAUUUAUUAAAAUGUACAAUUAAAUAUAAUGGCAUGGAAACUUAUAACAAUAAUACACCUGCAACAAUUGAAUCCGAACAAAAGAUAAUUAAAAACAAUCAAAUAAUUUAUACAAACCAUGUAAAUAUUGUAAAAAUGUACAAUUGUACACAAAUUGAAACAAUUAUGGAUCAUCUAUUACCUGAUUGGGAUGUCAAUCAUUCGAAAGAAUAUCAAUUGGAAACAGUUCGUGAAUUUAUAUUAUCUAUUAUAAUUGUAUUAAAAGUACAACAAAAUGACAAAGUUGAUAUUGAUAAUAUCUUUAAAGAAUUAUUAAAUAAAUUAGUACCAAUUAAUUAUUUGGAGCGUGGUGAUGUUGUUUUUUUAGAGACAACACCGUUUGGCAAUCAAACAUUCCUGAAUUCGUAUAGUGAAGGAAUUAUUGCAAAUACAAUUGGACAAGAUCAAUGUUUAUAUUUAACAGAUGCAUCCUCGGCACCCGGUUCCGAGGGAGGUCCUAUAUUCUUAAAAAAAUCUACAAGCAAAAACGACAAGAGUGAUAGAAUUGUUGUAGGAUUAGUAUUAUCGUCAAUAAGUUUUUGGAAAGAUGAAUGGUGUGGUUUUACAUUAGGUGUAUCUUUAGCCAGUAUUUUACAACAAAUAAUUAUUUCAUCGAAUCCAAUCGAGGAAAUAUUAUUUGAAAAACCUACAAAAUUUUUACGACCGGAGAGUAUAGACAAUUCAAUUUUAAAAAUUUUUUGUGGAAGUUCUUGGGGUUCAGGAGUUCUUUUAAAUAAACAAAAAGGCAUUGUCGUUACAACAUCGCAUACAAUUAAAUGUCAGCCAGAUCGACCUAUUUUUGGAAAAUGGAAAAAAGAAUUAUUUAAACUUGAACUAUUAUAUAAAACAUCUGAAAAUUUUCCUUACGACAUUGCCAUAUUACAAACAAAAUCACCCGUAUUACAAAAAAUGAAGGCCAUUAAAUUACUUACGAGUGCUCCUGCAGUAGGUGAAGAUGUUCUAGCAUUUGGAUUUCCAUUUGAAAUACAGAACGAAAACAAUAAUUUGCCAACAAUAUCCCGAGGUUCAGUUGCAAAAUCAAAUCCAUUUAUGUUGCAAACGACAUGUUGUAUCCAUCGUGGCGUUAGUGGUGGGGCUAUUGUUCGUCCUAACGGUGAACUACUUGGCAUUGUCGUGUGUAUCACUGCUACUAAUCAAAAUCAAACUGCCUAUCCACAUAUAAACAUGGCUGUGCCAAUUCAGUUAGUAAUUAAGCCAUUGAAGGAAUAUUUGGAUAAAGGAGAUAAAAGUGUAUUUAAUGUACUAGAAACUCACCAAAAAGAUGUCCAAAGGUUGUGGAAUUUAUUUAAUUCGCAUUUGUAA